AUGCUUGUCGCUAUCAGUACUUGGACUUUGAUUCUUAUCUUUUUCCUGAUCCUUACAAAACGAGGAGAAUGUCAGGAGGAAGCCGUGUUUCGCAGAAAAGUAGGAAAGUACUUGGCUAAUUACGUCAUCCGAACUGAAAAUACUACCAGCGAACUAGAGUGCGGUAUGCGUUGUUCGGCGGAUUCGCUGUGUGCGUCUGUAAACUAUAAAACAUCUGGGACUAACAAAGGUCUAUGUGAACUCAACAGCAAAGCGCUUGACGAGAGAGAAUCUGAUGUGUUACUGUCAGAUUCCACCGAUUUUAAUCAUCUUCAUUUUGACACAAGG